AUGACUCAGACAAGCCCUACGGACAAGACCCAAGGGGUCAUAGAUGUUGAAGCAUUGAAGAAAGAAAUUCGUGAGCAAAUUUUAUCCGAACUGAAGGAACAAAAGCCAGAGAGACCAAAGAGAAAACUUAGUGAAAAACAACUUGCUGCAUUAGCUGCUGGAAGACAAAAGAACCCAAGACUACUGGCGAAAAAAGCUAGAGAAGAAGCAAAAGCAAAAGCUAAAGAAGCUGAAGCAAAGAAAGAGUAA